AUGGCUAGUAUGGCUGUUCAGCUCCUGGGCUUUUUUCUGGGUCUGCUGGGGUUUGUGGGUACUGUAGUUGCCACCGUGCUGCCACACUGGCGGCGAACGGCCUAUGUGGGCUCCAACAUCAUCACUGCCACCUUUUAUAUGAAGGGCCUGUGGAUGGAGUGCAUGUGGCACAGCACGGGCCUCUACCAAUGUGAGGUCCACCGAUCACUGCUGGCGCUGCCACCUGACCUACAGGCGGCGCGGGCACUGAUGGUCCUGUCCUGCUUCACCUCCGCCCUGGCAGCCGUGGUGGCCUCCGUGGGCAUGAAGUGUACUCGCUGUGCCCGGGGUUCGCCCACCAAGCACGUCCUCGCACUCUCCGGAGGGGUCUGCUUCCUGUGCGCCGGCCUGCUCAGCCUCGUCACCGUCUCCUGGACGACCAACGACGUGAUCGUGGAGUUCUACAACCCCACGCUGCCCAGCGGGAUGAAGUACGAGAUCGGCCUGGCCGUGUACCUGGGUUACGCCUCCUCCUGUAUGAGUCUGACGGGGGGGUCGGUGCUUUGCUGGAACUCGGGGGGCGGCAGACCGAGGAACCCCCUCCCUCGGCGACGGCAUCGCCAUCGCCGCCCCCCGCCCCCCCCCCCCCCUGCACUGAGUAACAUAAACACCCCUGCACCCCCUUACAAGCCCCCCGCUGAGCUAAAAAGCAACCACACACCCUCACACACCUCCGCCUCCAGCAGUGGCUAUAGACUCAGUGACUAUGUCUGAUGACCAAGUGUGCAGACCUUCAUAAUGACCUUGUCUGAGGGGGAAGGACACUGUCUGAGGACUUUAGUUACUUCAGACUGUCAUGACUCCAGCUUCAAUUGCUUCUUUUUUAUGUUAAUACAAUAGUGCGCACUGUUGGAAUUUCCUGACUUA